AUGUCAUUGAUUGUCAUUUUUUAUUUUUCGUUGUCACUUGUCAUGUUGUUUUUGCAAAAUUCAGAAUUUGUUUUGAAAUUCUUUCCCGCUUCUUUUUUACUGUUUUAUUAUAAAAAUAUUCCAAUGGAUUGUUGAAAUGAAAUUACUGUUAUAAAUAGAUAGAAAUGAAUUCGUGCAAUGGGAUCAUUCAUGACCACCAGUCGACACCGAAACGUAGGCGUAGAACUCUCGGUACAAGAAAAGCCAAACUUCCUAAGUUGAAAGAAACGAAUGAGUAUCUCGUUAAUAGUACGCCAAUAAGUAUAAGUGGUACUCCCACGGUGGUAGAAAAAGGUGAAUCUCCAUGCCUGCCGUGUAACCAAGUCGAGUUUUUGCGCGAUUCAAGGAGUAACGGUUCAAUAUGCAGUGAGAUACCAUGCUCGCCCGGCGUCUUCGAGUCCGAGAACUGGGAAUCAUUUUUAGCCAGUAAGCACUGUAAUAAUAUAAGUGGAAAUUCGAAGAUAGAUCAUGAGGACAAUUCUGUAAAUAUGGAUGAAAUAUUUCAAUCGGAAUUAGAUCAAAAGGUAAUGAAAAAUUAUAUGAAUACAACUCUAUUAACUUCUAGAUGUGAGAAAUUAUUAAGAGAUGAAAUUGAAGAAAGCUUUAAUAUGAUAAAUCAAUCAAUAAGUAAUAUAAAUAAUGAAAAUAGAAGCUCCUUGUUUGAGACAAGAGAUUCCUUUUUACUAGAUAUAAGAGAAAGUGGUAUUGUGGCCGAACAAAAGGUUCUCAAGACAAAUGACUUGUUGAAACCAAAGUUACAUCAAGAUUAUGCAAAUCCAAAUACUUUCUAUGGUCUUCCAAUCAUGGUGAAAGGAUUAUUUAAAACUUAUAGGAAUAUUGAAAAGUUUUAUGACUGGCAAGAAGAGUGCCUCAGUUUAGAUGCAGUCAGAGAGAGACGUAACCUGAUCUAUGCUCUACCGACCAGUGGAGGCAAGACCCUGGUGGCCGAGGUGCUCAUGUUACGGGAGGUGCUCAAUAGGAAACAUAAUGCCCUCUUUAUUUUGCCUUUUGUAGCUAUUGUGCAGGAGAAAAUUUGGUCCUUAGCACCAUUUGCGCUGCAACUAGAGUUUCUAGUGGAGGAGUAUGCAGCGGGCAAGGGUCUCAUACCUCCAAAGAGGAGGCGCAAGAAGAACAGCAUUUAUAUUGCUACCAUUGAGAAGGGCUUAGCCUUGGUCAGGAGUUUGAUAGAACUGGGGAGGUUAAAUGAAAUUGGACUUAUUGUGGUAGAUGAACUACAUCUGAUAGGAGAGUCUGGGCGAGGUAGCACCCUUGAAACAUUAUUGACCACUGUUAUAUUUGCUAAUCAGGGCAUACAAAUAGUAGGAAUGAGCGCGACAAUAGGCAACCUCCCUGACAUUGCGAAGUUUUUGAACGCGGAUGUCUAUGAAAAGCAGUUUCGACCAGUGGAGUUGACAGAGUAUGUCAAACUUGGGGACAUGCUGCAUAGAAUUGAAUGGAGGGAUGGAUCCAUGGAAAUAAUUCCUGACAGACAAUUAGCCUUUGAUUACUCAACGGCGGGAGCUAAUUUGGACCCGGACUAUUUGGGUGGCUUGGUGUCAGAAGUGGUGCCCCAGGCUUCGUGCCUCGUGUUCUGCCCCACCAAACGGAACUGCGAAAACGUCGCCGCGUUGCUCUGUAAACUGCAAAGGCGAGAGAUGUCCAACCACCACGUGGAAGAGCGCGCGAUGUUACAGCGCGCCUUGCAAGCCGAGGGCGCGGGCUCCAAUCUACUCCAGUGCGUGCGUUUUGGAGUAGCCUUCCACCACGCUGGCCUGGCGGGGGACGAAAGGAGCUUGCUGGAACACGCCUUCAGAUCAGGCGUGAUCUCCGUAAUAUGCUGCACGUCGACGCUGGCAGCGGGAGUGAACCUCCCCGCGAAGCGAGUGAUAGUGCGCGCACCGCUCGUGGGUCGCGAGUUCAUAUCCCUGGGCGCGUACAAGCAGAUGGUGGGCCGAGCGGGUCGCGCCGGCGUAUGUGAGGCUGGCGAGAGCAUCAUAAUCAGCGGUGCUGCCGAGUGGCCCAAGCUGCGCCUCGUGCUGAGCAGUGGGCUGCCGCCCGCGUGCAGCAGACUGUGUUCCGCCGUCGGCUCGCUGCUGCUCAGUGCCGUUGCGCUGGACUUAGCUGCAGACAGGCGGACUUUGCGGAGAUUGCUGACUAAUACUCUUCUGGCUAUCGCACCAGCAGACAGUUGUUUGGACUUGGACGAAGUUUGCGACGAAUCUAUUCGUUUGUUGCUAAAGAGCGGCGCUUUGGAGGUAGUCGGCAAAGGUUCCUCCGGCUUUGACGACGGAAACUUGACUGUCAGUAAACUCGGCAAAGCUGCUAUUAAAGGAUGCAUGGAUCUCAGCGUAGCUAAGCAGUUGUUGCUAGACCUGAAUGCGGCUUCCAGAAGCCUGGUGCUCAUGGGCAGCUUGCACCUGCUGUACCUCGUCACUCCACAUGACAGCGGGAUCAGACCAGAUUACAGGCAUUACUAUGCGUUGUACUGCGAUUUAGACGAAGAAGGUGUUCAAACUGCAAAGAUUUUGGGCAUUACAGAAAUGAAUGCCAUCCGAAUGAUGACCGGAAAGCCUAUUACGAAUGUUCCAGAAAAUGUCCUGCGUAGAUUCUACCUAGCAAUGAUGCUGCGUGAUCUCUGGAGACAAAUGCCGUUCCCUAGCGUCGCUGAAAAGUAUAACCUAGCUCGCGGCACAGUCCAGUCAAUAAUGUCAUCGGCAUCAGCGUUCGCGUCCAGCGCGCAAAAGCUGUGCGAGGAGCUGGAACCGCUGUGGAGCUUCAAGGUGCUGUUCGCGGAGCUGGCGCUGCGGCUGAGGCACUGCGCUGCUCCAGAACUCGAGCAGCUUAUGGAGCUGCCAGCUGUCAAAAAGGCGCGGGCGCUACAACUGGUCCGGGCGGGCUACAAGCGCAUAGAAGACAUCGCUAAAGCACCCGUGGAAGAACUGAUGAGCAACGUGGCGCAUCUGUCCCGCACUGCGGCCGAUCAUCUUAUAAGUGCCGCCAGGGUAAUGCUUAUUGAAAAAGUGGAAAAUCUUCGGGCAGAGGCUGAGGAUGUGAUGGAAGAACUCAAGAUUUAACACCAUCAUAAAUUAUGGAUUAUUUAUUGUUAUAGUUCAUAAUGAUUUAAUGAAAUCUGUGCCUUAAUAAAGACAAAGUUUAUUAUGUUGACUGAUUAGAAACAGUAGUUUUUAUAAAUUAAGAAAUAAAUUGAAGUGAAUAUCAUAAAUCAAUUGAAA